AUGCCUGCCACCAAUCUCCGUGGACGGCUUGACAGGUCCAAAAUCGCUCCAUUGAAAGCAAAACGAAGCAAGGGUUCAUAUAGAUUCGAGAAACCAAAAUUUGUACAGAGGCAAGGCCUACCCGAGAACAACUUCCUUCCUCCGGAUCCGACGUCUAGUGACGGCGACAGUGAGAAUGAGGACGAGGACGAGGACGAGGGGAUGGAUAAUUCCUCGGGCGACGAGGAUGACAGCGACACUCCAAACCCGUUUGAACCCACAACAGCCACGGGGUCCCAAUAUCAGUCAUCGAUCACAGCGCCGUCCAAGACGCGCAGUCACCCAUUCCCCACACAUUCGACGACAAGCAUUUCCACUACGUCCACUUCCAGCUCAGCAUACCCACCGACCUCGACAGAUACAAUAGGCAUCAACACCUCUUCAGGACUUCUGUCCACCAGUUCAACAUUCCCCAGCUCCUUCACCACAAGCCCCACUGAAGUCGUGCCUCAGCCAGAUAGAAGUACCGGAGUGGCGACACCAGCAUCAACCAGCCCAGUUGCUUCUAGGGAGACUGUUAAUGCUUCGGACCACCCCAUCGCGAAAGCGGGUAUUAUAGUUCCAUCACUGCUGGGCGCCGUGGCUGCUGUCGUGGCCGCCUACCUUCUCUUCCGCUAUUGCACUCCACUCAGGGCCAGAUGGGCAGUCUAUCGAGCACGGAAAGCGCAGAGGUUACCUGGAGAGGAAGAAGAUGGAACGGCUCCAAAAGCCGCUCCGCCAAUGUCUGAGGCGGCCGCCGGUCCAACACUGUCGCUGGCUAGGGAUACAGCUAUAGCACUUCCCGUCACGGCUAGACGCGGUCCUCCACCGACGCUGAACCGCACUGGUUCGAGAAACAACCCUGCUCACGGCCCAGAUGCCGCACAACAUGGCCGCUCUCAAAGCAGUACACCAAGCCUGCAUGACUAUCCGAUACGCCCUCCGGCAUACACUUCGGGCGGCUACGGGAGUCAUGCUUUCCAAUUGGACGUGGAGGACGGGGACGAUGACGCUGGGCCUCGAAAUACGGAUAAUGCUCUCUUCCGGCAUCCCAACGGCCUCGCAAACAAUCCUCCCACUCCUGUGUCGCGCCACCACCCUGCCCUGGCCACGCCGUCAAGCCAGGGACCCGAAGCCACGAGCCGCGUGCCCGAUAUCCCUUGUCCUCCCGCCAGCCUCCGAGUCGGCGGCCUCGGCAUGGACUUCCCCUUACCACCAUCGACGCCGUCGGCGGCGCACUUCUCGACCCCGUCUCCGCCGGAAUCCACCUUCAACUCACCGCGCCGAUUGCACAAGUCCAUCACCCCGUCUGAGAGCAUAUCCAACGUGCCUGACUCGCCGUUCCCGUUCUCGCCCGCGCUUCUGCCUCCCAUUCCAGUCUUGAAUUCGCGCUGGAGCCAUAACUCAUCGAGCGUCAAUGGCCGCACAACAGCAUCAACUGAGGAGGAGGAGAGAAGGACUGCGCCGCCGCAGCAACAGCACCGCCACAGUGCGGGCCCAGGUCUAGUGGGCGCCACGCUAUCGUCACCGCGGUCCCAGGUUCUGAAGAUGAAGAAGUCGACCUUGUCGCUAGGGUCACCACCGUCUUAA